UGUGAAGCAGGAGGCACUUGGGAUCGUACGCAGGAUUGGGACUGCUACAGAGGCCGCCACGGAGCCCGCCGGAGCCACCGUUCCUACUGCUGCUGCCGCCGCUGCCCGAAUCGGAACCGUCGGGCCGCAGCCGCCGGCAAUGCCGCGAAGGAAGAGGAAUGCAGGCAGUAGUUCAGAUGGAACCGAAGAUUCCGAUUUUUCUACAGAUCUCGAGCACACAGACAGUUCAGAGAGUGAUGGCACAUCCCGGCGAUCUGCCCGAGUCACCCGCUCCUCAGCCCGACUAAGCCAGAGUUCCCAAGAUUCCAGUCCUGUUCGAAAUUUGCAGUCUUUUGGCACUGAGGAGCCUGCUUAUUCUACCAGGAGAGUGACCCGUAGUCAGCAGCAGCCUACCCCAGUGACGCCGAAAAAAUACCCUCUUCGGCAGACUCGUUCAUCUGGCUCAGAAACUGAGCAAGUGGUUGACUUUUCAGAUAGAGAAACUAAAAAUACAGCUGAUCACGAUGAGUCUCCACCUCGAACGCCAACUGGAAAUGCCCCUUCUUCUGAGUCUGAUAUAGACAUCUCCAGCCCCAACGUUUCUCACGAUGAGAGCAUUGCCAAGGACAUGUCCUUGAAGGACUCAGGCAGUGAUCUCUCUCAUCGCCCCAAGCGCCGCCGCUUCCAUGAAAGCUACAAUUUCAAUAUGAAGUGUCCUACGCCAGGCUGUAACUCCCUAGGACACCUUACAGGAAAACAUGAGAGACAUUUCUCUAUAUCAGGAUGCCCUCUCUAUCAUAACCUCUCAGCUGAUGAAUGCAAGGCACCAACAGAGAGGCAGUUGCGAUAUAAGGAAAAGGUUGCUGAACUCAGGAAGAAAAGAAAUUCUGGGCUGAGCAAAGAACAGAAAGAGAAAUAUAUGGAACACAGGCAGACCUAUGGGAACACUCGGGAACCUCUUUUGGAAAACCUGACUAGCGAGUAUGACUUGGAUCUUUUCCGAAGAGCACAAGCCCGGGCUUCAGAGGAUCUGGAGAAGUUAAGGCUGCAAGGCCAAAUCACAGAGGGGAGCAACAUGAUUAAAACAAUUGCUUUUGGUCGCUAUGAGCUUGAUACGUGGUACCAUUCUCCCUAUCCCGAGGAAUAUGCACGACUGGGACGUCUUUACAUGUGUGAAUUCUGUUUAAAAUACAUGAAGAGCCAAACAAUACUCCGCCGACACAUGGCUAAGUGUGUGUGGAAACACCCACCCGGAGAUGAGAUAUAUCGCAAAGGUUCAAUCUCUGUGUUUGAAGUGGAUGGCAAGAAAAACAAGAUCUACUGCCAAAACCUGUGCCUGUUGGCCAAGCUUUUUCUGGACCACAAGACAUUAUAUUAUGAUGUGGAACCCUUCCUGUUCUAUGUUAUGACAGAAGCAGACAACACUGGUUGUCACCUGAUUGGAUAUUUUUCCAAGGAAAAGAAUUCAUUCCUCAACUACAAUGUAUCCUGUAUCCUUACCAUGCCUCAGUACAUGAGACAGGGCUAUGGCAAGAUGCUCAUUGAUUUCAGUUAUUUGCUUUCCAAAGUGGAAGAAAAAGUUGGCUCCCCAGAGCGUCCACUCUCAGAUCUGGGGCUCAUAAGCUACCGCAGUUACUGGAAAGAAGUGCUUCUUCGUUACCUGCAUAAUUUCCAAGGCAAAGAGAUUUCUAUCAAAGAAAUUAGCCAGGAGACAGCUGUGAAUCCUGUGGACAUUGUCAGCACUCUGCAAGCCCUUCAGAUGCUCAAAUAUUGGAAAGGAAAACACCUAGUUUUGAAGAGACAGGACCUGAUUGAUGAGUGGAUAGCCAAAGAGGCCAAAAGAUCCAACUCCAAUAAAACCAUGGAUCCAAGCUGUUUAAAAUGGACCCCUCCCAAGGGCACUUAAAGUGACCGGUUACUCCGAGCCAGCGAACCCCAGCAGUAGGAAUCCGUACCCUAGGGAUCUGUCUGUCAUUUCUGUUGCUCUUGUGAUUGGCAAGUACAGUAUCCUUUGGGAAGGCCAUCCCCCUCAGGACUGUCCUGGCUCCGACCUUUGUGUACACUGCAGACGCUGGUUCUGAGGAACUGUUGUUUCGGCCUCAGUGAGGUUGCCUGGGUGGGAUCUGUAUUAGACUUGAGUGCAGAUCCCUCGUAGCACUGACCCAAGGUGUUCUGUUUUGGUACUGUACCUGUCCAGUCACUGGUUCUCUCCUCUGGCCCCAUGAGGUUGUGUCGUGUCUUCUAAACUUUGUAAUAGUGCUUCUUCUUGCCGCCCAGUCACCAGACCACCAACUACGGUUACUGCCACCAGGACAUUCCCAGUUACUCCUUACCUGUGU